AUGAUGGAUCCACCGAUGUCUACACAAGAGCAGCAGCUCUGCGACCUCCUAGUAACACUUCCGUCUCGAUACAACUACAAAUACUCGCGCAGCGCCAGCCAAGAACUUCUACAUGGGCUUUUCUGGACUCUGGCCCGUGGGAAUGCCGAUUACAUGGGACUUUUCUUCCCGCCAGGCACCGACCCUUCCAUGAGGCUCAGUGAUGCCCAAGGUGCUGUUGAGGGUGCGGAGUACACUGAAGCCGCAAGGGGGAAGAGAUGCGGCCACAUAUUCAAGGCCGGCGAGGCGUCGUAUGCCUGCCGUACGUGCAGUACCGACGACACUUGCGUUCUCUGUAGCCGAUGCUUCGAUGCGACCGACCACACCGGCCAUAUGAUUAGAAUCAACAUUUCCGUCGGCAACAGCGGCUGUUGCGAUUGUGGGGACCAAGAAGCCUGGAAAGUACCCAUGCACUGUACUAUUCACUCUGAGCUCGAGGGCGCGCAGGGCGUGGCGGACAAGGGAAAGGCGACGAGUUCUGUCCCCGAAGAGGUUAGACAAUCCAUUACCAUGGCUGUGGCGAGGGUUAUCAACUUCAUCUGCGACGUCGCUUCGUGCUCCCCGGAGCAGCUCCGCCAACCAAAAACCCCAGAAUCCAUCGCGAAAGAUGAGAUAGCGUCCAGGCUCUCGAGAUCAUCGUAUGGCAUGGAUGAGCCGCCCCCCAAUGACGGCAAGGUGCUUUAUAGCCUCAUCUUAUGGAAUGACGAGAAGCACACAAUCACAGACGUCCAAAACCACGUUGCGCGUUCUUGCCGGACUACCGAGGCGAGCGCCUAUAAGAUGGCCAUCGAAACUGACACCGUCGGACGAAGUAUCCUGAAAACCGAUCAUGAUGUUGAGAAACUCCUUGCUAUGGCUAAAAAAUUGGAGGAGAUUAGAGUUACGGUCACGGUCAGGGCUGCGCGGGAUACUUUCCGUGAGCAGAUGUGUGCUACUAUGAUCGAUUGGUUGAGUGAUAUUGCCGGCUGCAGCGUCGGUAAUGACCAUGGACUCCUCCGACAGAUCGUCUGUCAGGAGCUUCUGGCACCUUGGAGACAAGGCAGCUCCGCGGCCCAUAGCGCCAUCGGUAGGGAUGGCAUCGAUGACGAAGCCCUCAUCGCCUUUGAAAUGGAGAGGGAGCAGCGCUUCCAACGCCACGUAAUACACAAUUUCCAGCGGUUAGCGGCUCAACAGGCGGCUCGAAUCCAGGUUACGCGCACCCAGGACCCCGACAACCCCUGGGUUCCCGAGGUGAACAUUGCAGCUGAUAGCGACAAUGACAUUGACGGUCUGCUAGAUUUCGACGAUGAGGGAUCUGUAUCCGUUGAGGAGGAGGAGGAUGGUGAAGGCGACGACGAUGUCAUGAUGGUGGAUGCCGCUGCUGAUGAUGCUGCCGAGGCUGGCAUGGAAUGGCGACAAAACGAACUCGCUGCCUUGGAAGACGACGAAGCUACAAUGGCGGGUUAUCCGCCUCCGCCUCCGCCCCCUCAACCAACGACCGGGGAGGCAGCUCGCCGAGCGGUAGGCAGAGAGCGCGAGCAGACGCCCUCUGACUCUGACACCACGGAGCUGGUCCCUGCCAUCUAUGGCGCCAAGGCGAAUGCGGACAUCCCCAAGACUCCUGGAAAGUCGACGAAGCCGACUGGUUCGAAGCCUGGCCGGUACUGGCUCGAGGCCCCUGCUGGGUAUUUGUCUCGAGAUCACGUUGAGCCCGCCGAAGACGUUUUCCAGAGGGUCCGACUGGAUUGGCUAAUCCUGUUCGACUUGCGGCUUUGGAAGAGGGUCAGAAACGAUCUCCGUUCCCUCUACAUAUCGACGGUUGUCCAGGUGCCCGAAUUCAAGCGUAUUCUUGGCCUCCGCUUCGCAAGCCUGUACACCAUAUUGGCCCAACUCUAUCUCAUUGGUGAUCGGGAACCGGAUCACUCGAUCAUCAACUUGUCCUUGCAGAUGUUUACAACCCCCUCCAUCACUGCAGAGCUCGUAGAGAGAGGCAACUUUUUGACAACUUUGCUCUCGAUUUUAUAUACGUUCCUCACGACACGCCAGGUCGGACAUCCAUGGGACGUAUCUCCCGACGCCGUACUUGCCUUUGAGAGUGGCUCCGUCACGAACCGGCGCAUGUAUCACUUCUACAUGGACCUUAAGUUCCUUUUUUGCUCGCCACACGUCCAGGAGCGUAUCCGCGCCGAAGCGAGGUACCUAAUGCAGUUCCUCGACUUGGUCAAACUUCAUCAGGGUAUCGGCCCCAAUGUCCGUGCCGUCGGUGACCAUGUCGAAUACGAGACCGAUAGCUGGAUCACUGCCUCUUUGGUUACGAGAGAAAUCAACAGGAUGUCGAGGCAGCUUUCCGACGCUUUCCGCAAUUGUCCCCCCGAGGAGCGUCCAUGUUUAUCUCACGCUAUCCGUACCGUUGCCAAAACUGUUAUUAUCAACUCUAUUGGCGCGGAACGUGGUCGCUUCAAGCACUCGGAGAUUAAGGACGAGGUCCGGUUCAAGACGCUGCAGGAUAUGGAGUUUGAUACCUCAACGUCGCAGUACAAGGUGGUCAAAUUUGUUGUCGAGACAGAUCCCAUCAGCUUCCACCAUGCCCUGCAUUACACUCUAUCGUGGCUGAUUGAGUGUGGCAAGUCAUUCACAGCGGAGGAGAUGAAGAAUCUUUUGAGCUUUUCCACGCAGGAGCUCUGGGCCAAACCCCGCUGCAUGGGAAAGAAGACAAAGUCAAAGUACGAGUAUACCACCGAAGACUACCUGAUGGCUGCGUUUGACUAUCCACUACGCGUCUGCGCAUGGCUAGCUCAGAUCAAGGCAAACAUGUGGGUUCGCAACGGUAUCAGUCUUCGACAUCAAGCAGCCACGUACAGAGGAGUCAACCAACGAGACGUGUCUCACCAUCGAGAUAUCUUCCUCCUCCAGACUGCGAUGGCUGUAUGCAACCCCAGUCGCGUCUUGGCGUCAAUCAUUGACCGUUUCGGUAUGGAAAACUGGGUUAAGGGUAUUUUUGAGCUCAAGUCCGAGUCCCAAGACGACGCCCAGCAUCUCGAUGUUGUUGAGGAUAUGCUUCAUCUCUUGAUUGUGCUCCUCAGUGACCGAACAUCCUUGAUACCCCCCGAGGAUGAGCCCAACCAGACGCUUCUUUCUAUCCGCCGGGACUUGAUUCACGUCCUCUGUUUCAAGCCUCUUUCCUUCAAUGAGAUUACCAACAAGCUCCCUGACAGGUAUCAAGAGCAAGAGGAUUUCCACCAAGUCUUGGAAUCGAUGACGACCUUUAAGGCUCCGGAGGGAGUGUCGGACGUGGGAACGUUUGAACUGCGAACCGAGUACGUUGAGGAGGUUGACCCUUACAUCGCCCACUACAAUAAGAAUCAACGUGAAGAGGCCGAGAUGACGUAUCGUAAGAGAUUAGCGCAGAAAACGGGUCGGGACGUAGAGGAGAUCGUGUACGAGCCACGACUUCGACCCAUCCCUUCGGGUCUCUUCAAGGAUCUUGCCGCAUUCACCGGCACUGGCAUGUUCGCCCAGAUCAUUUACUACUCCCUCCUGUAUCCCCUCCUCGCCGCUAAACUUACCCCAACUGUUCCCGGAACCCGAAUCGAAACCUUCCUCCAGGUAGUCUUACACCUCAUCUUAAUCGCAAUCGCCGAAGACAAUGUCUCCAGGGAUGGUGCGAAUCAGGAGCCUCUCCACUCCUUUAUUCAGGUGGCCCUUUCGAGGCAGGCACGGAGCAACUUCAUUGCCGAAGCACCAAAUGCCAAGACCAUUGUGGCAUUGCUCGAUCUGCUAUCGAGCAAGGAAGAAUUCAAGGCGUGCCAUAGGAAGAUCGUCCUCAUUCUCAACAAGAUGAGGCACAAGUGCCCCGGUUCGUUCGAUGCCGCGUACGCGGCCCUAGGUAUCCCUCUCGAUCGCGUCAACACGGCGUCUCCGGCAGUCCAGUCUGCGGAGGCGGAGCGAGAGAGAAAGAAGAAGGCCGCCCUGAGCCGCCAGGCCAAGGUUAUGGCGCAAUUCCAGCAGCAGCAAAAGAGUUUCAUGGAGAACCAGGGCAAUAUUGAUUGGGGAACCGAUCUCGAUGAGGACGAGGAGAUUGCGGAGCCGGUUGAAGACCGCAAGAAUUUCUGGAAAUACCCGACCGGGACAUGCAUCCUUUGCCAGGAGGAUACGGAUGAUCGUCGUCUCUACGGAACUUUUGCCCUCCUUGUAGAUAGUCACAUUCUCCGCCUGACAGACUUCCGGGAUCCCGAUUUCGUAAGGGAGGCGUACAACACGCCCUGCAAUCUCGACCGGUCGGCGGAGGACAUCCGGCCUUUCGGAGUCGCCCAUGAGAACAGGAAAAUCGUUGAGAAGAUCAGCCAGACGGGUGAAAAGAUACUGGAGGAGCGCCAGACGAUUGGAAAGGGGUUCCCGGCGUCCCUGUCCAUACCCGGCCCCGUGUCUGUUGGUUGUGGGCACAUGAUGCACUUCAACUGCUUUGAGACGUAUUACGAGGCGACUAACCGCCGCCAACAAGCCCAAAUAGCGAGGCACCAUCCAGAGAAUCUGAAAAGAAAUGAGUUUGUCUGUCCGCUGUGUAAGGCACUUGGCAAUGCCUUCCUGCCGGUCAUCUGGAAGGGCAAAGAAGAGGCGUACCCGGGCCCUCUCCAGCCUUCCAUCCCAUUCCUGCAGUUCCUCGAGAAAGAGUUCACUGGCGGAGAGUCCCAAAGUUUCCGUGCAGCUUUGAGAGAUGUAGGACGUGUUAACUCCAUCUACACGUCCUACGCCGCGUCAUCGAUGAUGGGCAGUUUCUCAGACAAAGCUUCGGAUCUUGUUAGCGAGGCCUGGAGAAAGAAUCCGGCCCCUGUCCAGACUCUCACAAUCGGAACAGGACCUGGUUCCCAGACGAUUCCUAUUCGUGAGUCCAAUAUCCGAGAGAACUCAAGUGCGAGCCACGGUGGUAUUAUUGGCGAGUUGGUCAAGGUGUAUCAACGUCUGCGGGAGACGCUUAGGGUCAACGACCUGAAGGUCAGUCCCGAGUAUGACAGCAUAUUCGAUACACAAAGUCCUAGCAAGAUCCUAGUCAAGGCGGUCGGGAUGACUAUUUGUGCUGUGGAGAUCCAGCAGCGCGGUAUCGAGGCGCAGUAUGGCAUGACUCUGCUUGACAAGAUUCCCGAGCAGAUUAUCACACAUCUUCGAAUCCUUUCAGAAACCGUCGAGUCGUAUCUUGCCUUUGGUGGCCUUCGAUCACGCGGUGAAAGCAGUUCAGAGAAGGAAUUCCGCGCCGAUUGCGAGGCGCAGCAUUUCCAGCUUUUCGCCGCUCAAUACUAUGCGGAUGAGCAGCAUUCGCUAUCCCUCCCUGAGCUAGCGACAACGCACACUCCUCUUCUAAGUCAAGAUAUCUUCUUGUUCAUGAACGAAACCACCUCCAAUCUUGCACGCCUCAUGCGCAUAGAUGUAUCUAACCUCCUCCAGCUCUGCUAUCUCGCUGAGCUCGUUAAAGUUGUUCACUAUAUGAGCAUACACAUCCCCAUCGACGACUGGAUCAACAAAUUUGUCCACCGGGAGACUUCCGAUCGCGGAUUGAACACGUUUGCAGAGUUUGCGCUUCGCGUCACGGAUAUGUGCAUGGAUCUAACCACGGGGGACGACAUUUAUGAUCGCAUCUACGGCGACAAGAAGGGCAAGGAAGCGGUAUUCGACCAGCCUGGCCUGCAGACGCUCGAGGGCUUCUACUCGUUUGCAAAGAAGUAUGCUCUCAUCUUCCUCCGAAAAGCUGUUGUCCUCUUCUACAUCAAACAUGGUAUCGACGUCAACUGUGCGGGUUCGAGCAACCCUGAUGCAGACGAGCUUGACCGUCUCACGGAGGUAUUGCGCUUGCCGUUGUUCGACGACAUGUGCGCCUCGCUCACCGACGUCAGCGCCUCCUUUGGCUGGCCUAACGUCGUAAAGACGAUGGUGUCUGGCUGGAUUCGGCAUCAAAUCGACUGGAUGCUUAAGGGCUCGGAUCGCUCGCCCAACCUACCUCCCGAGUCAGCCGCACUGACUCACCCGGGCAUCUUUGAGUUGGUCGGUCUACCCAAGAAUUACGACACGCUCAUUGAGGAGUCGACGAAGAGGCGGUGUCCCUCGACAGGCAAAGACCUGACGGAUCCAAUGAUGUGCUUGCUCUGCGGAGAGAUAUUCUGUAGCCAAAGUGUCUGCUGUCUCAAGCAGGAUCGGCUCUCAGGGGAUGGAGAGAGUAUCGGCGGUGCACAGCAGCAUAUGCGAAAGUGUCAACGCAACAUGGGAUUGUUCCUCAACAUCCGAAAAUGCUGCACAUUCUAUCUCUUCCGCAAGUCGGGCUCCUGGAGCACGGCUCCUUACAUCGACCGCUAUGGUGAGACCGACAUGGGUCUCCGACAUAGCAGGCAGCUAUUCCUACAUCAGAAGAGGUACGACACCACUCUUCGAGCAGCGUAUCUUAAUCAUGGCGUGCCCAGCUUUAUUAGCCGUAAACUCGAGGGCGAGAUCAACAAUGGCGGCUGGGAGACGAUCUGA